AUGCCCAGCAGUCACACGAAAUUGGAGAAAGGAGUGCAUCUGGGGAAUCUUUACACAUCGACCAACGCAGGUCCCAAUGUCAGUCAGUACAAGCCUAAGAACAGUGGGACACUAGUACGGACUGGUCGGCGCAAUAUCUGGUUCCACGUCCCCGAAGCAGCUCAAAGCUCAUCGCCAGCGCAGAAAAAGACUUCAGGACAAUGUCAGCAGCGAUCACGCCGUACAUUAAGGGGGAAGUGCACCAAGACACCGGCUCAUGGUUCUUCACAACCGAUCGAUGUCCAGACGCUUGGACACAUUUUUGGUGACACAUAUGUCAGCCAUGGGGCAGUGGCGAUGCAAGGUGAUAUUCACCAUACAACUAAGCCCAAAAUCGUAAUCUAUGCUGGGCGAGAGAAGAGGUCGUCAUUGGAUGUCCUCGUUGCAAGCCUUAUUGGUACCACUGCUGGAGGUGCAAUCACAACCUACACUACCGCAAAGUCGAGUUGCAGAACUCCCGAUCAGAAAGACAAUAAAGACGAGGACGAUGGAGCUAAGCCUUGGACGUCGAACAUCGAUGAUCUUCAUUCAGAACGUUUGAUCCUCGCAUCAACGGGACCCGGCAGUAGUUCACUCUUCAGUCCACAUGACGCCACCUCUUAUCUUGGAACUGAGGUCGUCCCCCAGCUCAACAUGGCAGAAGUCAAGCCACCGUUGUUGCACCGCCAGUGCAACAUGGCAUACAAGACGCCCCGGACUACCUCGUUGCGGCAAUCAGUAAUCGUGCUGAAAGUAGGCAAUGCUCAAAAUGCGAGGUAUAGAUUCUUUACUCAACAGUUGAGAAUGCGGAGCAACGUGAUUGUCACUGACGAUUUCGAGGAAGUCCUUUCAGUUCUUCCAAGCCAAAAUUCUCCGAAAGCGCUCGUCAUCUACGAUACGCCUAUUCCUAAGGCCACGAUGAGUCAAUCUGUUGUGACACAUGAGGCGAUUCAACGAAUAGCUGAAUUCGUUUCUAGCGGAGGCACUAUUGUCUUUGGACCCGAAUGCAACAUCAUGACCAGGCAGCCGUCUAUCGCUGACCUUCUCGAAGAUGUAUGGCCACUUCAGCUGCGGCCUUCAUCUCAAUCCUGUCGCACACAAUUCUGGGUUUCGCCACGACUUGCUCGAUGUGUCGCUGGAGCACUUUCGCACUACUUCAAGCGGGUUGCAAGGCAGCUUCUGGAUCGUUCGUGUGCGUCCGACUCUGUAUACGCUACGGAGUCUUCAGCAGGAGCAUCACUACCGUACGGGAUUUGGGGACCACGGUAUCGGUCUGCGUCUGAGAGACUGUUGGUCUUCGUUGAGCAUGGUAAGGGGAAGCUUGGAGUGUUGGGCAAGCUUGGUAGCAAACAAGAUACGUAUCGUAUGAUCUCUCGCAUGCUCAGUCUAGGUGAUUGA